UUAGUCCUCUCUCCGAUUUAACUUCGCUGCCAUCGCCAUUCGAGGCGCAUGCGCGACAGAGAGAGAACCCGUCCGAUAAAACACUGGCAGUUGAGGAGAGGAUUCACGAGGGCUUGUUACGCGUUCUUUGUCCCAUUUCGCGGACGCGGGGUCUCCCGAGGGCGGCAGAGGAAGGCAGGGUGGAGGGAGUCGCGUGCAUCGGGUCUCUCGCUUCCCCGGGCUGUCCGCGGCGACGACGCGCGAUGACGAGGGAGUGAGAUAUGCGCAUGGGAAGAGCAGCGCCGGCGUCGCGACUGAUCAGCGUGAGCCGUAAUAAGAGCGACACCUCUUGACGUUUCUUCCCUCAGCCUCACCAGGUCGACCGCGAGCACCCUACGACGUCUCCAUCGCCGGCGAUGCCGAUCCCCGGCCGUUACGUUGUGUCGCCUCGACGGCAGGACGCGGUGACAGGGCGACCCUCGGCGGCACCUCGUCCCCGCGGAUGAUCGUCGGCGUCGAGCCUUUGGAUUGUCAGAUCGUUCCUCAGAGCACCACACAGCUGUACGCACAUGAAAUGGGUAGCGCUUGGUGGCAGUGCGCCGCUUGUCUGAGAACGCAGGAAGAGGAUAUUUGCGAGCUGCAACUGAAUCACUGUAAUCUCUAUGAUGUACCACCCGAUGUGUUCAUUUACGAAAGAACAUUGGAAAAGUUGUAUCUCGACGCUAAUAGAAUAAAAGAUCUUCCCAGGCCGUUGUUCCAGUGCCACGAGUUGAGAGUGCUCUCGCUUAGCGAUAAUGAGAUUGCUACGUUACCACCCGCCAUAGCGUCGUUAAUCAACCUGGAACACUUAGAUCUCAGUAAAAACAGUAUAAAGGACUUGCCAGACAGUAUCAAAGAAUGCAAGAGUCUUCGCUCCAUAGAUAUCAGUGUCAAUCCCUUCGAUCGUUUUCCGGACGCUAUAACGCAUAUCGUUGGUUUGCGCGAGCUUUACAUAAAUGACGCGUAUAUAGAAUACUUACCGGCUAACUUUGGACGACUGUCAGCCUUGAGGACGCUCGAGCUGCGGGAGAAUAAUAUGAUGACGUUGCCUAAGAGUAUGAGCCGUCUCGUCAACUUGCAGAGGCUCGAUAUCGGCAACAAUGACUUCACAGAGUUGCCUGAAGUCGUUGGGGAUCUCAUCAAUCUCACAGAAUUGUGGAUCGAUGGCAAUGAUAUCAGGCGUGUCCCGGCGAACGUCGAGCAGCUCUAUCGCUUGAACCACUUCGACUGCACGAUGAAUGCGAUACACGCGCUCCCGUUGGAGAUACGCGGCUGGCGCGACAUCGGGAUCAUGAAUCUGUCCUCGAACGAGAUGUACGAGCUGCCCGACACCCUGUGUUACCUGCGCACGAUCGUCACCCUCAAGAUCGACGACAAUCAAUUGAACGCACUGCCGAACGACAUCGGCCAGAUGUCGAGCUUAGAGGAGCUUAUAAUCACUAAGAACUUUCUCGAGUACUUGCCAUCUUCGAUAGGCUUGUUGCGCAAGCUGCACUGUCUCAACGCGGACAAUAAUUAUCUGCGGGCGUUGCCGGCCGAGAUUGGCAGCUGCACGGCGUUGUCCCUACUCUCCCUGCGGUCGAACAAUCUGACUCGCGUGCCGCCUGAGCUCGGCCACUUGUCCUCGUUGCGGGUGCUUAAUCUUGUCAACAACUGCAUCAAGUUUCUACCGGUCUCCAUGCUCAAUUUGAGCAACCUGAAGGCGUUGUGGCUGAGCGACAAUCAGAGUCAACCGUUAGUGCCGCUGCAACAAGAGUUCAACUGUGAAGAGGACAUGAUGGUGCUGAGCUGUUUCAUGCUGCCCCAGAAACCACGGCAGGAUCUGGAACAAAUGGCGCAGACCACAGGACCGAUUUCGAGUUCAAUCAUCGGAACCGGCAAGAGAAUAUGUUUCGCUGCUGAGGUAGAUUCCGAAGUCCCCAGACAACUUCAUCGAGCACCAACCCCUUAUCCCAAGGAGCUACGCAACCUUGCUAGGCACGCUCGUAAUCUGCAUCAUCAGUCCAUUCACGAUCAAAGAAACACGCCUUCGUCUAUAAUCUCUAUCGAUCGUAACACGGCAAAAAGCUACAGUAAAAGCAACAGACCGGUUGAACCGGGAACGGCAGAACACUCGGUCUCCGAGGAAUCGUCCGACGAGGCGAACAAGACCGUGUUGGCGAAGGAAAAGAGCCCGGAUAUCCGGGAGGCCAAGUACAUUCGCAAUCCCACAUCAGAGUAUAUCGCGAAAACGCCAACGGUAUCCGACUACGUCAACUCCACGUGGAAACCGGACGAGUAUUCCAAGGCGAAUACGGCUAAGAUAGUAGAGUCUGACAAAUUUAUUGAACCCUACAAGGCGGCAGUCGAUGCGACUGACGGCAAGCAGACAGCACGGAUAAACGUUGUGCCGAAAUCGUGCGACGUUCCUCCAGCUCCGCCGCCAUAUCACAUCGCGGCAGCGUUUUCCAAGAAGGCCGCUCUUUUCCAGCAAUUCAACAAUCCGAUCGAAGCGGACCCGCAAUUAGUUCCACUCUCGUUACCUUUCAACUCGUCGUUAAACUCGGCCGAGGUGUUUCCAGACGUAUCGAAACAGAAGAACCUUGAUACGAAUCCGGACUUGGUAAAGGUCGAAGAAUACAUAGUACCAGGUGAUUCGACGAAUAUCGCUAAUUCAAACGCGUCGGUGAAUAACGGACGGAUGGAUCCUCUCGACCGAGUGACGGCGGAUGAAACUUGCACGCCGAAUCUGGAUGCCAGCGGCGAUUCUGAGCAGAACGAUCGGGCCUUCAAACCGAGCAAAAUUCCCAUUCUCAAAACAAAGCACGUGGAAAACUCGAGUAACGACGCCAUCUCGAUCAAGGUUCCGGAGGAAUACGACGCGAGCAGAACGUUAAACGUGGCUUACUCCGGCAUCCCUACGUCGCCGGUAACGGGAAAGAAAUAUCGUAGCCCGUUAUCGGCGCCGGCGAAGGCGCUCGAUCGAUCGAGGAAGCUGCAGAAUGGGAACGUCACGAACAACAAUUUAUGCGACAACGUCAAUUUAGUCGAGGCGCCGAAUGUCGGUCAAGCAAACGUCGUCACUCCCAUUCAAACGAGCAGAAGCGUCGCCGACGAAUCCAGCAUCGCUCUUGCUGUCGCUAAGAACGAAACAAGCUCGGGUCGAAACACGCCGAAUCUCAAUACGGGUAGUAAAUCUCAGGGCGACACGAGCAACGUCGAGAGCUUCAAGGAACACGCGAGUCCUGCGUUGAGCGAAAUGUCUGCCUCGGAGAAAAAGCCAAAGUUCAAAUGGAUGUUCGGUCCUCACAGAAACGCAAAUGUGCUGCCUGUUCAAAUAAAGAAGAAUCCAGGUCUCGGUUUCAGCAUAGCUGGCGGGGUAGCGGGUGCAGAGACCGGAAUAAUCGUGACGAAGGUGAAUCCGGAUGGGCCAGCUCAGGGUACUCUUCGACCGGGAGACAAGAUCCUGGAAGUAGACGGUAUUGAUUUCACCAAAUCUGAUCACAAUAAUGCCGUUGCCGUUCUGCGUGCCACCGGUGCUGUUGUUUCUAUGAUGAUAAGUCGCCACCAAUGAUUGUAAGUUAUUCGAAGAAAAAACACAAAGGGGAAAACUUUUUCUAAUUCUUUUAGAUGACGUACGAUCGCUUUACAUACUUCAGACUGAGUACAUUUUAUAUAGCUCUAACAUAUAUAUACAUAUAUUUAAAUAUAUUCUUUAAUAAAAAUCCAUGAAUCGCGUGAUGAACGCGUCACGUUCGCGAAAAAAUGAGAGAGAUAUAUAGAGCGCCUGACAUAUUAUUGAUCCAUUUGCAAUUAUUGGGAUUAUUUGUACUAUUGAAAAAUGUUUCAAGUGAAACUUAAGGAUUUUGAAGGGAAGAGAUUACAACAUGUGGUAAAAACAUGAUUUCUUUAUAUCUAAUUUUUUUAUUUCGCUAAGUAAAAAUCAUCUUCAUCUUUUCGAUCUUCAUCAUACCUCUUUGAAGAUUAGUUAAAAAAAAAAAAAAACAUUAAAUGAGUACCAAACAAGAUUUGAGUUUAUUCGAGAUUAUCAAUAAUAAUCAAUUGAAAUUCUCCAAUCUUUCCUGGGAAUGUGAAACAUUUUUCAAUAAUAUUUCAAUAUUUGUGUGCAUCGAUCAAAAUGGGGCAUUCUGUAUACAAACAUAAAUAUAUAUAUAUAUUUGUGUCGAAUAAGAUUGUAAACGAGCUGAGAUACUGCCGUUGAUUGUUUCGCGAUCAACGCAGGAUACGAAAAAGGUGUGUGUGAUGAUCCUCGUGAGAAUAUAAUAUUAUAGAGUAUGUUAUUUUUCAAACACUCUAUCUAUGCGAACAAAUUAAAUGAGCAAUCUAUCCGUUAUCAUAGCUCCUCCUCGACUAGAACAAUAACGUCUUUUCCAAUAUCUCUAGCUCCGCGCGUGUGCGGAUGAUGAUGUUGAUAGAAUAGUUGAUUUAUAUCUAUAUCUGUGCGUUCUCUCCUCGACGAGAGUGCCGACAAUGUGCCAGAAAACAAAGUACUAUUUAUUAUCCAUAUACAUAACAUAUAUUGAGAAAAAAGAUAUAUGCAUAUACAAAUAUUAUAUAUAUAUAUAAACAAAUUUAUAUCUGUAGAAGAGAAGGAAAGUUAGACAAGGUUCCCACAGAUUCCAGUGGUGUAAAUAGAGCUCCCAAUUAUCCCUGCGUAUCAAAGUGUUUGUUAAAGAGAGUUCUACAGGCUAUUUUGCCGACCCACUUCUUCUUGUGCGAUUUGAAGUUGGUUUUCUCUUCGCUAAAGUCAACUAAAGAAAGUCGACCGAAAGGUACCAAGUAAAAUUAAUCUGUUACGUCUUUCAUAUCUCUAGUAUUGAUUACAAAUUUUCUGCCAAGAAAGAAAAUCGACUUCGAAUUCCUCGAGGAACCUACAGAUGAGAUUCGGCUACAUACUUUUGGAGGAGCGUAUGGAGCUCCGUUUCAUUGUAAUCGAAUCCUUUUUAACGUGAUUCGAAUGUAUAGCGAUCAGUUGUUGAGACUAUGGUAAUUGUUAUUGCGUACGGCAAAGCUAUAAAUUCUAUGGUUUGAUCGACGUUGUAAAGAUGGGGGAGAUGAGAGUAAAAUCACGAUGUUACAUUUCAAUCGAAUGUUCGAUUAUUAUUCCCUUUGAGGCGACAAACCAAAAAACGCAGCUACUCGAAUCGGAUGAUUUUGGUGUAAUUGAACAUUCGGGGUUAUUAUUAGUAAUAGAGACGCUUCUCUUUGCUGUGGGAUCCUUGUCGUACUUGUCUGAGUAGAAGAGAAAAGAAAAUAUUCUUCUAUGUGCCGUACUUAUAUCGAUAAUAAUGUUUAUACUUCAGUGUCAGUGUCUCAGAGUCUCCCCCAGAGUCGUUCAACAGUAGCGACGCAGAUUAUCCACUACGGAUUUCUCUCUCUCUUGCACUUUCAAAAAUUUACUCUUUGAACGACCGUCAUUUUAGGAUCCUUCAACACUGGCGCAUAUUUUUAUAACAUUAACGAAGGAUGCAUCUCCAAUCCUUUAAUUACUGUGUUAAAUAUUAAAGACGAUAUUUCGUUUAUAUUUCAAUGCUUUUACAUCAGUAUACGAGAUGUACUAAUUGAAGACAGUAUAUAGAAUAUAUCUAUUGGAAACAAAUUAUAUUAAUGAUUAGGUUAAUAUAUAUUCGACGCAUUAUACAGGGUGUUUCAGACCAC